GUGUCUCCUCGAUUUGGAGUUUUCAAGGUAAAUUGUAGCAGGGUAAGGUUAAGGGAGCAUAAAACCUUUGGGCUAGGGAUUGUGGUUAGAGAUUGCAAUGGUGUGUUUAUGGCAGGACUAGCAAGGAAAAUAGAGCUUCAUACUGAAAAUCAAGAGAUGGAGGCAACAACAAUGAAGGAAGUAAUCAAGAUUGUCUUAAGCUAG